AUGGAUGCACGGACCAGAGUUUCUACGAACUGCGGAGGAUUAUGGCCAACAAAAGCUAUUCCGUCGCCAGUCAAAGAAGACAGUGAACGUCGUAAAGCUACAAAAGUCUGCAACAAAAUAAGCAAAUCUGUUAAAUUCAAGUGUGUGUUCUGCAGAGAAUUGGCACACAAAGCAGAAGAACAACAAAUGGGAAGCCUUCCUGCAAUUCGACUGACACCGCAAACACCACCAUUCUACUACACAGCAUGUGAUUAUUUUGGACCGUACAAUGUUAGAAUUGGACGUAAUAAAACAGCAAAGCAUUAUGGUGUCAUAUUUACAUGCUUGAGUACAAGAGCAGUUCACCUAGAGCUAGCAACCGAUUGUUCUACAAUGGAAUUUUUACAAGUACUGAGAAGAUUUUUCUGCAUUCGAGGCUAUCCAGCAGUAAUUCUGAGUGACAAUGGAACACAGAUGGUUGGUGCAGAGAGAGUUUUGAGAGAGAUGAUAGGGGAAUUCGACACUGACCAACUUCAAGAGUUUUGUGCAGGGAAAGGCAUAAACUGGAUUUUCAUCACACCGGCAGCACCACACCAAAAUGGAUGCGCAGAAGCACUUGUAAAGAGCAGCAAAAGAGCAUUAAAAAUCGCUAUUGGUGAACAAGUUUUGAGACCCUUUGAAUUAUACACUUGUUUGAUGGAAGUUGCAAACUUAUUGAACCAACGCCCAAUUGGUAGAAUUCCAAAUGAUCCAGAUGAUGGAGCCUACUUAUGUCCAAACGAUCUUCUGUUAGGAAGAGCUACCCCAGAAGUACCUCAAGGCCCAUUUCAAGAAACUAAAGACCCACGUCAAAGGGUAGAGUUUGUUCAAAAAAUUGUAAAAUCAUUCUGGAAACGAUGGAUACGAGAUGUUUUUCCAUCACUUGUUCCACUAAAGAAAUGGCACAUGGACCGCCGCAAUGUCCAACCUGAUGACACAGUUAUUGUUGCCGAGAGCAACGCAAUCCGAGGUAAAUGGAACAUUGGAAGAAUCCUUGAAGUAUUCCCGGGACCUGAUGGACGAGUGCGCAAUGUAAAGGUAAAAACAGCAACAGGAGAAUACAGUCGCCCAGUGACAAAGAUAGCAGUUAUAUGCCCAGCAGAAGGAUAUGGAUAA